ACCCAAUUCAAAACAGCCGACCAACUGUCCUCUCAACAACACGACGCUCCACCACUGCACACACUCAACACCCGAUGUCACGGCCCAGCUUGAUCCCUGCGACUGCAGGGUGGUUCGCGGCUUUGUUUGGCAAGACAGAGCGCGGGGGGUACGCUGCUGUGAAGGAGGCGUUCCACUUUGAUGCAGUGCGGCAGGUGCUGGUUGCGCCGAACCAGGAAGAGUUUGAUGUUGGGGUGUUCUCGCGACCGAGCGUGCAGGAGUUGAGGGAUCGGGUGGCACAGCUGCCACGACGAGCAAAGAGGAAUUCAACAAGCAGCCACCGCAGGCGCAACGUCACCGUGAAGCACAUUGCCACGCCAGAUGUCAUGGAGCUUCACGGCGAAAUCGAAUGCGAGAAAGCCCUGUUCCAGGCUGCAUCUCAGAUGAACUGCCUUGAGAUGGUGUCGUCCGGCGUCACCCCGGAACAAGGCGUCACCGGUUAUGUGUACGAUCGCACGCAGGGUCCCGCCUGCGCCCUCGUGUCACCGGCCGCCACCAUGUACAGGAACUACUACGUGCCCGUGAGACUUUCGGACGGGCAGGUGCAAGAAGGACAGACCGAGGAGCAUCAGCUCAACAACCUUGAAGACUUUGAAGCGGUGAUUGGGAAUGAUGAACACAAGUACUUCGACGUCAUCAACGGAUAUGUCAUGUCCACAAAUCAGCAAUUGCUGCGCCUGAAGGAGCGGCUUGAUGGAGAUGCGGACCUGUGUAAUCAGCUGAUCUCCACCAUUCGCAUCGGUCUCCAUGAAGACGUUCCGGUUCUGUUGUCCGCGCGUGACAGCUGCAACUUUCGUGUUGAGCACGAGCCACACACCGUUACCCAGGCAUACUGUUCAGCCCUCAGCAUUGCGUACAACUAUGCGAUAUCGCACGAGACGUGGGAGCCCUUUGAGUCAAUUGUGCUGCAGGGGAUGUAUGAGGCAACCAUCCUUGCUGGAAUCCUCAACGCCGCCCGACACAACAACGAGCACGGCUCCAAACGCGUGUUUCUGACGCUGAUUGGUGGCGGUGCAUACGGCAACGACACUGCCAGCAUCGUCCGCGCUGCCGCCCGCGCAAUCGCUCUGCAUCAGGACUUUGACAUCGAGGUGUACGUUGUGCACUAUCUCGGGGUGAGCGAGAGCAUCCGGGCGUUGCUUGAUGACGAGCUGGAGAAACAGCGGGCCACACUCUAUCCAAACGUCGUUGACCUGUAGACGCCUGCACCCCGUGAACUGAAGACGAUGGUGCUCCGUGCUGUGUGGCAACGUCGUAGUCGUGUCGUGCUGGUGUUUCGAUGGUGCGUGCGUGUGAACAUUGAUGAAAUGGAACCAAUAAGCGGCUGCUGUUCGCGCCCGUCGCUGCGGCAUUGCUGCGUUACUGCGCACACCUCAUGCCAUCCUUGGUGGACUGAUAGUUGUUGAUAACAAGCAUGGUUUACUACUAUCAUACAAGAACAGAAAGCAGUCGC